UUCACCACCCUCUUAAAUUCCCUCACCAGCCAAUCUAACCACCUCCCAAGCCCAAUCUCUUAUUGCAUUAAAUACCUUGUCCCUCUUCCCAAAUCCUCAUCACUUCCUCAGUCAUAUCUUAAUUUGUUCAUGGCUUCCGAUCAAAAGUGGAUGAGGAAGUUUGUACUUGUGUUGUUACUCUUGUCGUUCCCAUAUGCUCACUGUGGAAAUGGAAGUAUCACAAGCACGAUACAGUCCGAGUGUUUGAAAGUUCCCAACUCGCAGUUUGCAGGGUCCAUCGUAAACACGAUUGAUAUUAUGCAGGAGGUGGUGUCUAUUCUCUCCGACGUAGCUAGGGGUCUCGGGAAUUUCCGGGAUUCGAAUGCCAUCGAUGACUGUCUGGACUUGAUGGAUAUCUCGAACGACGAGUUGCGCUGGACUCUCUCUGCUACCCAGAAUCAGAAUGGCAAACAUAACAGCACUGGGAAUUUGAGUUCUGAUCUGAGAACAUGGCUGAGUGCUACACUGGUUAACCAGGACACAUGCCGUGAUGGAUUUGAGGGCAGCAACAGCAUUGUCAAAGAGUUGGUGUCUGGUAGCCUUAGCCAAAUAACUUCCUUGGUCCUUGAACUACUCGGCCAAGUGCACCCUGUUUCGGAUCAGCACGAGUCGAAUGGCCAAACCCCGGCGUGGUUUAAAUCCGAGGACCGAAAACUGCUACAAGCUAAUGGAGUGCCUGUAGACGUUGUGGUAGCUCAGGAUGGAACCGGGAACUUCACAAAUAUAACCGCCGCGAUUUUAUCAGCACCGGAUUACAGCAUGCGGCGCUAUGUGAUUUACGUCAAGAAAGGGCUGUACAAGGAGUAUGUGGAGAUCAAGAAGAAGAAAUGGAACAUAAUGAUGGUCGGAGAUGGCAUGGAUGCUACUGUAAUCAGUGGGAAUCGCAAUUUUGUGGAUGGUUGGACCACGUUUCGCUCUGCAACUUUCGCUGUUAGUGGCAGAGGAUUCAUAGCGCGCGAUAUCACAUUUGAAAACACAGCCGGACCUGAGAAGCACAUGGCGGUGGCGCUACGAUCGGAUUCCGACCUCUCGGUCUUUUACCGGUGUGAGUUUCGGGGAUACCAGGACACACUAUACACGCACUCGAUGCGCCAAUUUUACCGAGACUGCAAGAUCAGCGGCACUGUUGAUUUCAUCUUCGGUGACGGCACUGUAAUGUUCCAGAAUUGCCAAAUCCUACCCAGAAAAGCCUUGCAUAACCAAAAGAACAGCAUCACAGCUCACGGCCGAAAGUACAAAGAUGAGCCGACAGGCUUUUCGUUCCAAUUCUGCAACAUAUCGGCACAUCCAGACUUGUUAGCCACCCCAGUUAACUCUAGCACACCUACAUACCUUGGUAGACCAUGGAAGCAAUAUUCAAGAACUAUAAUCAUGCAGUCCUUCAUGAGCAAUAUCAUAAAGCCUGCAGGGUGGCUAGAGUGGAAUGGUGACAUGUUUUUAGAUUCAUUAUACUAUGGAGAGUACAUGAAUUAUGGUCCUGGAGCGGGCCUGGGCAGCCGGGUUACCUGGCCGGGAUAUCAGAAGUUUAACCAGUCCGGUCAGGCCAAGAACUAUACAGUAGCCGACUUUAUUGAAGGAAACUUGUGGUUGCCCUCUACUGGUGUCAAAUAUACUGCAGGCUUUGGGGUUUAAUCAGGAUGGGAUCCAUAAGGGUUUAAGCAGUUGAUAUGGAUUUUCACUCUUGAACGUAAAUCGUAUGUCCUCGAACCAAUUUUUCCCCCUUUAGAGCAGUACGUGAUAAGUAAAUAAGUUUCUAUGCAUACAUAGGGUUUUGUUAUGUUGGCAUUAUCAUGUUGUGGGUGA